AUGGGUCGAUUGAUUGAUCUCAAAGAUGGACAUCAGUCUGAUCGUCAAAAGUAAUAAUCUAUAACAGCAGCACUCAAACCUGAAAGAUUGUCAGUGUUCUUGUUUCUUCAUCAGUGUUUGUGUUUCUGUCAGAGUCAAACAUGAGAGACCAGACUCUUCUGGACCUGGACCCAGCUGUGUGUCCUUAAAGAGUGACCGGUCUGUGUUCAGAUCAAUUCUUUUCAGUGAAGGAGAGAUUUGUGAUGAGCAAAGGUGAGACUUUCAAACUGAUCUUUUGUUGUGUGUGAAACUUUUCAUCCUAACUGUGGUCAGUGUUUUCUCUGUGAAGGUGAAGAUUUUUCAGGGUUUGUGUUUCUAUCAGGAUCCAAUAGCAGCAGUAAACAGGAUCUGAGCCAGAAAGAACUGGACUCUGCAUGUAUCAUCAUGUGUGUACUGUGUUUGUAGGAGGAUCCAGCAGUGUUUCUACCAGAAUCCACUAGAUAGACUCUAUCACAUGUAACCCUAUGUCUCCUUAUAUCAUAUCCACGACAUUAGUUUGUUCCACAGAGUGCAACAGCAAAGAUCAGAGGUUCCCAAUGGUCAGUCUGCCCAGCAGCAUCAAACACAGCUGGACUCCAUAUUUAUGGUAUGUGUAAAUGUACAAACACAGCUCCUACUGAUCAUCAGAGCAGACACUCAGUGUAUUUGGAGGUUUCUGGAUUGUUUUCUAAUGACACUGCACACAUCAUCUCUGCCUGAAUUAUCUUCACACUCAUAGUUUGACUGAUUGAAUGAAGCCUUACAUUUAUGACCUGCACAGAGUCAGAGGUCAGAGAUCACGGUGGAUGGUGGUCUCACACAGACUCUGACUUUGGCAGUAGAGAGCAGAGUUCACAAACUGAGUCCAGUUUGAGGUUUAAAGAACAGAAAGACUUUGGUUCAUGUCAAUGACAGCUGCUGCUUUCAGCUUCAUUCUAAUAAACACAUCACCUCUAAAGUCACUGCAGACCUUUUCUCCAUUAAACCACACCAGGAGAUUUCUCCAAUAUGAAGUUCAUAGAAGCUGGAUUUGUAGAAGACUGGACCAUACACAAAGUCAGUCCUGAAGCAGCAUUGUGAUCCCGUCUCCGUGCAGACCAGGAGGCUUUCUGUCUGUCACAGAUGAUCUGAUGUUCAGUUCUACAAAUUCAAGUUUACAUUUUGUUCUGUUCCAGCUGCUCCAGGAGAACAUGAUCAGCUUUGUAAAGGAGCAGCUGAAGGAGAUCCAGAGAGCUCUGAGUCCAGAUGAGCCAGAAUGCUUAGAGAGUCAGAGGGAGGAUGAGGAUGAAGAGCAGAAGAGGAGCAGAGAGGCAUUUCUGAAGAUCACUGUGAACUUCCUGAAGAGAAUGAAGCAGGAGGAGCUGGCUGACUCUCUGCAGAGCAGUAAGAGGAAUUGA